AUGGACGUGGAUGCUACGGAACAAGAGCCAGGGCGGUACAUCCGCAGCCGCAUCGCCAAUGCUUGCGAUGGCUGCAAGGCUAGAAAAAAGGUCAAAUGCGAUGGCAAAUUGCCUUGUGGCUACUGUUCCAGGCGACAGAGGCCUCAUACCUGUCACUAUUCGCCUCAGCGACGACGUCGCAAUGGUCAAUCAUUGGCAUCUCUGACAUCUCCCCCAGCUUCCGAGAGAGAUGCCCGUGCUCAUUCUACAAGAAAUACAACUCCAUCAACACCAGCAGAUGCAGAGCUGACGAGGCCGGUAUCGGCACAGCAACAAGGGAUGGAUGCUGAGGACGAGACUGAAGUGCCGAGAGAAGCGCGACUAGUUUGCGAUGCUCAAGGAAAACUCAUCUUUGUGGGAGAUUGUGCCCCUCUAUCCUUCUUUCAGUCUGUCCGACAGCUUGUCACUACUAGAGUUGGCCAGAAUGCCUUUGCUCCUCAGACAAGCCGUUACUCUGUGCUCGAGAACGCGCCUGCACAUCAGUCUCGGCGAGUUCCUGGUGACAAUCGUUUUCCGAGCAUCAAUCCUGAUGAUAUCCCUUCGGCCGUGUCGACGUAUUUGUCUGUCGCGACUGGACUAGUGGAUUUAUUCGACAACCGCCGACUAUUAGAGGAUCUCAUGCUGUGGGCAAAUCUCGACCAAAAGCCCGAUGAUGCGACUACUGUUGUGAAUCUUCUCGUGUUAGCCAUUGGACGGCAGAUGGACAACGAAGAGAUCGCACAGGACUACUUUGAGUACGCCCGUGACAAGGCAUACGCAAAUUUGAGUGGUAAUCUCAGUGUCACCAGCAUUCAAAUCUUCACCCUCAUUACGCUGUACAUGCUUUGUUCGUGUCAGAUCAACGGAGCUUUCCUGUUCUUCGGCAUCGCAGUACGAGCAGCGUACUCUGUUGGAAUUCACAGGACUGAAGUCAAUGCACGGUUCGGUCCCGACAUUCACAGGCAACGAGAUCGUCUUUGGAAGAGUUUACGAGUCGUGGAUCUCUUCUUGAGCACGUCUAUGGGACGGCCACCUGCAACUUCUGAUGUCGAUUGCACCGUGCCCUAUCAAAAUCCGAACGAAGGCGCGAACGAAGCCCCCGAUCUCCUUAACGCAUCUGUUCAGAUAUUUCUGGUCCUUGAGGGAGUAGUUACGGAAAUCUACUCCAGAAGGAAGAUAUCUUUACAGCUUACCGAAGGAAUAUCGCUUCAGUUGCGGGACUGGUCAUCUCGGUGGCUGAAGCAACUAAAAGAUAUCAUCGCAAAUCCUGAGGCUCAGGACAGAGCCCAAGCGAGCGGAGCAUGCCAGGUCCUAUCGACAUAUUAUUACGCCGUCAUGCUUGUCUCUCGACCAUUUCUUAUUCUCAUGGUGGACCCCAUAUUGGACUUGAUCCAGCGAGGAAUUCUCGUUGGACAUGUACCCGUUCUAGUAUCAUGGCUAUUUGCAAGCUCCCUUGUCCUCGGUAUAGGCCUUCUAGGCGGCUUCGGCCGGAUACUAGAAAAGUACACACGGAUGUCCAUCCACGCAUUGGAUCAUUGCUCAAAACACGAUACACACGCAAGACAGUACUCCCUUAUCGCACAGUCACUUCUGACUGCAGCCCUCGAGUACCUCGAAAAGCGAGAACUAGCAGAGCGGCAACGACGAACCGAGAACUCGAGCCAACUCUUUGGCUUAAUUCCAUCCGAAGCCGGAACGGAUUCAACCUCCCCGGCUAUUGCCAGAGACCCGAGUCAUCCGGUGGCCAGUGUCGGAUCGCCGCCAUUUGGGGAUCUCGAUUCGGCUUUCCUAGGCUUAAGCGAGUCCAUGCUGCAAACUCCUGAUCCGAGUUAUUGGGGCGGGCCGACGGGCAUGGAGGGAGAUUCCGGUUCGGCACUGAACCUGUUUGCUUUGCUGGACGCGGGGGGCGGCAUAGAUCUGACGCAUCAUCUUUGA